AUGGAUUCCACGAACAAAUUGGAUUUAUUACACCACAUUUACUAUUCCCAAAAGUUGGAGCAUGAAUUGAAGAUGAAAGCAAUGUUAUUGAAUGCUGGUGGAUUGGAUACCGUGGCCGAUAUAUUUUUCAAUGAUGACUUAGUUCUCAAAACAUACAAUCAUCACCUAUUAUAUACGCGAAACAAAAAUCUCAAGAGUAUCAGGAACAAUUUGGCCAUACUGUCCCUCCUGUAUGUUCAGUAUCUGAAUUCCAGGGUGAGUCAUAUUAAUUUCAUAAGGAAGACACAAGCAAGCUUCGGUUGGGAUUGGGGACCUUCAUUUUCAACAGUUGGCAUUUGGCAGCCAAUAUCUGUCGAAGGAGGACAUACGAUAUUUGUGGAUAAGAUAUCAGCAGUAGUCUCAUUUAAAAAAUGCAAGUGCUUGCGAGAAGGCUUAUGGUAA